AUGUCCACUGCUUCUCUCUCUAUAAAUUCUGCUAUCUCUCCUGCUUUAGUAUCUACAUCUGCUUCCUCUUCUUCCUCUUUUUCUUGUAAAGUUUCUUGCUUUUGUACAUCAAGAACGACAAAACACAUAUGUGUAAUUUGUGUAAGAACUCAAUUUCUCAAGUGUAGUCUGCCCAAAAGGAGUACAAGGUUGAGAAUCUUGAAAUCUAGAGAAAAGCCCUCUAUUGCAGCUGUCAGUAGAGACAACAUGACUAUUACAGAGUACAGAGAAGAGGAAGAAGAGGAGAACCCUCCUCCUUUGCUUGAGUCUGAGAUGAAUUCUAAACCUAGGAGGAUUGCGCUCUUUGUUGAGCCUUCUCCCUUCGCUUAUGUCUCCGGAUACAAGAACAGGUUCCAGAAUUUCAUUAGAUAUCUACGUGAAAUGGGGGAUGAGGUGAUGGUUGUGACAACGCACGAAGGAGUUCCGCAAGAAUUUUAUGGAGCAAAAUUGAUCGGCUCACGAAGCUUUCCGUGUCCGUGGUACCAAAAGGUACCCCUGUCUCUGGCCCUCAGCCCAAGAAUAAUCUCAGCAGUUGCCGAAUUCAAGCCCGACAUUAUACAUGCAUCUUCUCCUGGUAUUAUGGUCUUUGGUGCUCUCAUUAUUGCAAAAUUACUGUGUGUGCCAAUAGUGAUGUCGUAUCACACCCAUGUUCCUGUAUACAUACCGAGAUACACCUUCAGUUGGCUGGUCCAACCAAUGUGGAUGGUUAUAAAAUUUCUUCAUCGAGCUGCUGAUCUUACACUAGUGCCUUCUGCCGCAAUUGGGAAGGAUCUGGAAGCCGCUAGGGUGACAGCAGCUAACAGGAUUCGUCUCUGGAAUAAGGGUGUUGAUUCUGAAAGCUUCCAUCCCCGUUUUCGAUCCUAUGAAAUGCGAGUAAGGUUAAGCAAUGGAGAACCCGACAGACCAUUGAUAGUCCACGUAGGACGGCUUGGAGUUGAGAAGAGUUUGGAAUUCCUCAAAAGUGUCAUGGAUAGGCUUCCAGAAGCUCGGAUUGCUUUUAUCGGGGAUGGUCCGUACAGAGAGGAACUGGAGAGGAUGUUCUCCGGCAUGCCUGCAGUUUUCACGGGAAUGUUACAAGGAGAAGAGCUCUCGCAGGCAUAUGCUAGUGGAGAUGUUUUUGUUAUGCCUUCCGAAUCCGAGACCCUCGGGCUUGUCGUAUUGGAGGCCAUGUCAUCAGGACUUCCCGUGGUGGCUGCUCGUGCUGGAGGAAUCCCGGAUAUCAUUCCUGAAGAACAUCAGAGUAAAACUGGUUAUUUGUUCAAUCCUGGAGACCUGGACGACUGCUUGAACAAACUGAAACCCCUUCUGCACGAUCAAGAACUUCGAGAAACUAUUGGCAAAGCAGCACGUGUCGAAAUGGAGAAGUAUGAUUGGAGGGCUGCCACUCGGAAGAUACGGAACGAACAAUAUAAUGCUGCGAUUUGGUUCUGGAAGAAGAAGAGAGCCCAGUUCUUGCGGCCACUCCAGUGGUUGUUUAAGCGCAUGUUCAGGCCCCAGGCCCCUGCAAUUGAAUUAUAA